AUGGCGGAGGUGGGCGCUCACCUCACGGCCGCCCCGGCCGGGGAGGAGCGGCCGUCCGUGUUCGAGGCGGUGGCCCAGGACAGCCUGAUGGCCGCCGUGAAACCCGCCCUGCAGCACCUGGUCAAGGUGCUUGCCGAGUCCAACCCUACCCGGUACGGUUUCCUCUGGCGGUGGUUUGAUGAGAUUUACGUUCUUCUGGAUUUGCUGCUGCAGCAGCACUACCUGGCCAGGUGCAGCGCCUCCUUCUCGGAGAACUUCUACAGCAUGAAGAGGAUCCCCAUGGGAAGCGGCAGACAGCGACCUCUGGCCACAGCUGGCCUGCCAAAGAGGCACCACUGGAAAUCUCUGCUCCUGCUGGUUCUUGUUCCUUACCUGAAAGGAAAGCUGGAGAAACUGGUGUCCAGCCUGAGGGAGGAGGAUGAGUACUCCAUCCACCCUCCCUCGUCAUCCUGGAAGCGCUUCUACAGAGCCUUUCUAGCUGCUUACCCCUAUGUAAACAUGACCUGGGAGGGCUGGUUUCUUAUCCAGCAGCUGUGCUACAUCCUGGGCAAGGCUGAGCAUCAUUCCCCCAUGCUGAAGCUGGCUGGUGUCCGCCUGGUCAGGCUGACUGCAGAGGAUAUCCAAGCCCUGGAGAAGAAAUGGGCUGAAAGCACCUCAAGUCAAACACACAGCUUUGCCUCACGAGUGCAGUCAGCCCUGAGGAGAGCUCUGGGCGCCGUCGCCGUCUCGCUGUCCACCGGCCUGUCCGUCAGCGUCUUCUUCCUGCAGUUCCUGGACUGGUGGUACUCCUCAGAAAACCAGGAGACCAUCAAGUCCCUGACAGCCCUCCCCACGCCCCCACCCCCUGUGCACCUGGAUCACGAGCCCAGCUCAGCCGUGCUGCCCAGCCUGAAGUCCGUGUGCCCCCUGUGCCGCAAGGUGCGCGUCAACGCCACGGCCCUGGCCACGUCCGGCUUCGUGUUCUGCUACCGCUGUGCCCACGGCUUUGUGAAGGCUCACCAGCGCUGCCCGCUCACGGGCUAUGCCACAGAGCUGCAGCACCUGGUCAAACUCUACUCCCCUGAGAGCUGAAGGGCUGCCAGGAGCCUCCAGCAGCUCUGUGGGCAUCCCAUGGAAGGCUUCGGACAGCUCCUGGGUGAGCUGCGCAGCGCUCGCUGGUUCAUCAGCUUUGCUGCCUUUGCACGCUCUGGCAAUGCUCUGCCCUUUGUUGAUGAGCUGUUCAAACAUCCUGGCAGCUGCAGAGGUAUCACACAGCCCCAGCCUGUCAGCCAGCACAGAAAUGCCUUAAAGGACCAGCUGAAAGGGAGGAAACGUUGAUUUGGAUAAGAGGAAUGCAAAUGUGUGGAUUAAAAACCAGCACUGGUGCUGCUGGAGGGCGUGAGCCAGCAAAUUAAAGAGGUAGGGAAAUUCUCCAGGCAGGUUUUUCUUCCCUGGCCCUUGUGCUGCCCAGGGUGAGCUCUGGCUUUGCCAGAGGUGGAGACAGGCUUAAACCUCUGCUCUUCAGCCUCCUGCAUUUUCAGGCUCUUCACCUUGGAAUUGAGAACAUCACCCUCCUAAUUCCCAUCAACGGUUCUAAAUUAAGACUUUUGACUCUUUAAGGGAACAUGAUGGACAAGAGGAAUGUGACAUUUUCUGCACAAGAGAGAAAAUGACAAACCAGAUUAAAACAAACUCCUAAUUGAUGAGAAUGGUUUAUUGUUAAAUAAGUUUUUGCAUUAAUUAUUAUCUGCUUUUAUAAAGCAAAAUUCUUUCUUGAUUGAGAACCUAAUUUAAUUCUUUUCUGGUUAUUGGAAAAACAGUUUGCUCCUCUGGGGCCUCUAUUUACAUAAGAGAAACAAGACUAAAGCUGCUUUCAUCUUUCCAUGUGAUGGUGGUGGAUGUAAGAUUAGCAUUUUGUAGGCUGAGAAUCUUUAAUGUCUGAGCAUUACAUUGCAAUUAUUCCAGUCCCAGCCAUGUAACACAUUCAUAUCAGAACAAAACAUCCUUGCACUGAACACAGGAGGGAAGAAAAGCUGUGUGACAUGGCUGGCUCUUGCUUGACACCUGAUUUUUCAGAUGAAAGGCUGUUUUCCUGACUCUAGGGAGCAGCAGUGCUCCAGAUAUCACAGUGACAGUGCUUAGAGAAUACAAGAGCAAAGUUUCUGCACAAAGUCCAAACCCCACUCUGGUCUUUCCAGAUUAAGAGAUUUAAUUUAACAUUUAAUCCACUGAACCAGGCAUCUCAUUUUAGCUCUGCUUCAGAAGAUAAAAAUCUCCAAUAUCCUCCUUCACCUGCAAGCAAGAGAGUAAGGUUAUUGAAUAAUGUGGGAAAAUGCAGUAAUUUGAACCUUCCCCAAACCCCUAAUAAAUGAGAUUUGUUCCUGAUGCUUUAUUAUCUCUGUACACCUCCCUGACCCUUCUACCUGUGCCCCUGUGGAAUAAUAAUAAUAAAAACUGUCUCAUUUCUCUCUUCUCCAGUAAAAUGGAGUCCAUGAAGAUACUCCUCU